UGCGGUGGAGGUCCUAGCAAUAGCGCAUUCAGUCACUUGCUCAAGGCCCCUUGAAGAUGCAAGCGUUUAGUUGCGUACUUGUCCUCGUUGCAGCCUCGCUGCUAAUGGUUUGUAGCGUAAAGGCCGUAUGUCCCGAUGGCACCUCCGGGGAAAGCUGUGAAACUUGCUCGGGGUUCCUUUGUGACAACAGUAAGUGCAUUGCUGAAGACUGGAAAUGUAACGGCGAUGCUGAUUGCCCUCAGGGCGAAGAUGAACUUAAGGACUGUCCGGUACCUGACUGCAAUGACGAAACAUUUUUGUGCAAACCACUGAAGAGAUGUUUGCCCAAUCGGUACGCCUGUGACAUGGACGCUGACUGUCCCGAUGGGUCCGAUGAAGCCGACUGCGAAAGUCGACCUUGCGACGGCUUCAAAUGCAAGAACUUCAAGUGCAUUAACAUAAACUUUAAAUGUGAUGGCGACGACGACUGCAAUGACGGUUCAGACGAAGAGGAUUGCCCUGUUCCAGAAUGUGACGACCCAAGGUUAUUCUGCGAACCAAAGAAGAAAUGCCUCGACAAAAUGAAUAUCUGCGAUGGACACGACAACUGUCCUGAUGGUUCCGAUGAACAAAAUUGUGAGAGGAUCGACUGCGGGGAGCUGCAGUUCAAGUGCGCUAACAACAAGUGUGUCGAUAAAGACUACAGGUGUGAUGGAUUCGAUGACUGUCUUGACUGGUCUGACGAAGCCGACUGCAUUCUGCCUGAGUGCGAAGACAGCCGCCAACUCUGUGCACCUAAGUUGAGGUGUCUUGAUGCAACGUAUGUCUGCGAUAUAAGUAAGGACUGUCCGGACGGGUCUGACGAGCUAAACUGCGAAGAGUACGACUGCGGCGAAGAAAGGAUCAAAUGCGCUAACCACAAAUGCAUUAAUAAAGCGUUCAAAUGCGAUGGAGACGAUGACUGCGGCGAUGGCUCUGAUGAGGAAGGCUGUCCCGUACCCGAAUGUACCGAAGGCCAGUUCCUUUGUCUACCAAGAAAGAAAUGUUUGUCAAGGUCUGACGUCUGUAACCACCACGUAGAUUGCUCAGAUGGUUCCGAUGAACAGGACUGCGAAAACUACGAAUGUGACGGCUACAAGUGCAACAACAACAAGUGCGUGAGGAGCGCGUAUGUCUGUGACGGGGAUGACAACUGCGGCGACAACUCUGAUGAAGCAAAUUGCACACAUUAAGAAACGACAGCUUCCCGCAGGACUUUAUAUGGCUCACGAGCGAGAGCGCUAUCGCUGGAAUGUACCGAAAUAACCCCAUGCUAUGCUGAAUAAAUAUUAAAAAAGGA